GCGGAGGUGGCGUCAUCGGGGAGUGCCCGGCCGGCCGCCGGCGCGAAGAUGCGCGAUGUUAAGCCGGCUUCAGGAGCUGCGCAAGGAGGAGGAGACGCUACUCCGCUUGAAAGCGGCCCUGCACGACCAGCUGAACCGGCUCAAGGUUGAAGAACUGGCCCUCCAGUCAAUGAUUAGUUCUAGGAUAGAAGAUGAGAUGGUGUCUUCUCAACCUGCACCUGAACAGUCACAUGAUCAGAUGUUGGUGCAUGUAGACAAUGAAGCAUCAAUCAACCAGACUGCGCUGGAGUUGAGCACAAGGAGCCAUGUGCCAGAAGAAGAAGAGGAGGAGGAGGAGGAAGAAUCAGAUUCCUGAAGGGGAGAAGAGCCAGGCCUGGUGUUAGGACCAGCCCCAACAAACACUUCCCGCCGAGGAGCCCCUGGUCCUCGUGGUGUCUCCACGGCACCGUGACCCUUCUCCAACAGAGGACAGAUGCCUGACCCUGGAGGCCGGUGUUCAGUGUGUGCGAAGUGAGGCUGAGUAACAGGCUGGAGCCGGGAGAGCUGGGCACAGGGAGGCGCCCCAACAUGAGUCCCUCCCUCCACCGAAGAACGUCCCAGCCUUUCCUUCCUGCAACUGGACCACGAAGCCCUGAGCUCCCUCACCUUCCAAUGUUCCCCUGGCCUGUUUAGAAAUGACCUGCUAGGCCUUGUUAUAAAGCAAAAGAGUGGCACUGGCUACAGAGACAGGGGACCUGUAUUCAAAUUCUGGCCCUGCCGCCUGCUCUACGUGCAGCCUUCAGCAAGUCCCUUCACUUCUGUAGUCUGUGGUCUAAGUAUCAGUAAAGCAGUGACGAUAAUCCCAGCUCUCGCAACCUCACCAGAUGGACACCAGGAUCAAUCGAAUGAACUGUGGGCAUUUAAAUAGCACACACGUUACAGGAUCACAAAAAACGAUUCUUUCACGGGUUGCCCUCUAAGACAGGCAGUUCACAGCACCAGACACCCACUCCCUCACUCCCCCACUGCUGCUCAGACACCACUCUCCAGGCCACAACUGCUGCUCAGGAGUGGCUGCACUGCCUCUGUGACUGUCCUUGUAUCUGAUUGCUAUUCACAUGGCAAGCCAGCCUCCUUUUUUGCAGACUUAUAUAACGCCACUUUCCUCCCUCCCUGGCUGUGGCUCCUGUUUCCGCCACCUGCCCCGGGGAACUUCGCUGCCUGGGAGGCUGCAGAGAUCCAUACGGGUGGGGGCCAGAGUGGAGCAGAGGGAAACCCUCAGGGGGGUCUCCCUGCUUGGACCACAUCCAUCCUGGAAGCCAGAUGCACACACAGGGCCCCUCCUGGUGACCCUGAAGGCCUGACAGGAAGUUGCUUGGAGACCUGGGCACUCCACUCCACUCCAGAGCGUGUGGCCGGAGCAGCCAGGCCAGGACAUGCUCGUUCCCGGCAGCCCCGGCCAAGUCGGGCUCUUCUCUACGGGCAGAAAAGAGGUCAGAUAAGGCCAGAGAGAUUGUUUCCUCCAACUGUCAGCCUCCUGCAUUUGCUUCCCACAAUCACCGCCUCUCCUUCCUCUGCUCCCGUGCCCAGCAACUCCUCCUCCCGCCUGUCUUGCACAGUGACCGGCACUCCUCCCGUGGGACAGCCACCGCACAGAGCCUGCCUCGCAGUACAGUCCAGGCCCCUCGGCCUGCCCUUCCAAGCCCGCUGUCCUGCUCACUUCUGCAACUUCUUGCUGCAGCACGUCUCCGUGUCCACCUUCCCCAGGCUGGGGCUUGCCUGCCUCUCAGUGCUGGUCCCCACCCCUAAAACCUCCUCCUAUCCUACCCACCCGCGUUCACCUCUACAUCCAGGUGCCUGGUUCUUUCGAGUGCCCUUCCCAGCAUGGAAUACUGCCCUGCUUUGGAGCCCUGGGAGGUUUAAUCGGGCUUUUCCUCUCAUAUCUUCCCAGCAGCAACCUCAAACAUUGUUCACAUCACAGGCGCAAGCCCUCUCUACUCCCCGAGGCCUCUUCAGGCCUUGGGUUCUCUUUCUGACCCUCCAAUAUUAGGAGAGGGAGGCUGGGAGGAGCCCCAGCGUGUGGUGGGACACUGUAUUCCGCAGCAAGCAUCCACCACACUCUGAGCUCCCAGGCUGACAAGCUUCCCUAGGAAACCUACAAGAUGCUAAGGUUUGAUACCCAGAUCCUGCCCCGGCUCUGCAACAAUGAAGAUGGAUAAACCCUCCUUCUUCAAAAAUGAUUAAGGAGGUGUUAUGAAAAAACUAAGUGGAAGAAAGUAUUUUCUUCUCUGAUAUCUUCUGCACCAGACAUAACCACUGUUCAAAGCCUCCUGAUAUUUCCCCCAUGAGCACAUGAUAUUAACUUGACUUCUGAGCAUUUUCUUUCUUUUUAAAAUUUAUUUAUUUUUGGCUGCGUUGGGUCUUUGUUGCUGCACGCGGGCUUUUUCUAGUUGCGGCGCGCGGGGGCUACUCUUCGUUGCGGUGCACGGACUUCUCAUUGUGCUGGCUUCUCUUGUUGCGGAGCACGGGCUCUAGGCGUGUGGGCUUCAGUAGUUGUGGCUCACAGGCUCUAGAGCGCAGGCUCAGUAGUGGCACACGGGCUUAGUUGCUCCGCGGCAUGUGGGAUCUUCCCGGACCAGGGCUCGAACCUGUGUCCCCUGCACUGGCAGGCGGAUUCUUAACCACUGCGCCACCAGGGAAGCCCCGACUUCUAAGCAUUUUCUAUUCCUCUUUGGAUUAAAGAGUUCAGCGGGGUCAUUUGUUUAUUCUAUAAACACGAAUAAAGUGCCUGCACUGAGCUAUGAGUAAAAAGGACAGGUCCCUGUCCCUGUACAGGCUGCCACCACCAGGGGAGACAGAAUUCAACAAAUUAGAAGCCAGCCAACCUCGGAAGACACCACAACAGUUCUGGUUCAUUGAGCACCUACUAUGCCAGGCCUUUUAAAUAUAUUGUCUUCUUUAAUCCUCACGACAAUGGUGUGAAGUAAGCAUUAUUAACCCCUGUGCACAGACGAGAAACACUGAGGCCCAGAGCCUGGGAGUUAUCUGUCAAAGUUACAAAGUGAGGUAAUGGCAGAGGCUAGAGUAGAAGCCAUAGAUUGUUUAUCCAGAGGCUAGCUAAUCUGGGUCUAAACAACAGAGCAAAUGGCAAACCAUAGUGGGUUGUACUCCAAAGUUUCAGAAAAGCCAUUACUAAGUUGUGGGUGAAGGUGGUCAAAAGGCACAAACCUCCAGUUAUAAGAUGAAUAAGUCCUAGAGACGCAGUGCACAGCAUGGUGACUACAGUUAACAAUACUGUAUUGUAUAUUUGGAAGUUGCUAAGAGAGUAUAUCUUAAAAGUUCUCAUCACAAGAAAAAAAUUGUAACUAUGUAAGGUGAUGGAUGUUAACUAGACUUAUUGUGUGUGGCCAAUCACUUCACAAUAUACAUGUAUAUCAAAUCAUUAUGUUCUAUAUCUGAAACUAAUACAAUGUUAUAUGUCAACUGUAUCUCAAUUUUUUUUUAAAGUUGUGGUUGGGAAGCAGGGGGGCUCACUCACAUUACCAAUGAAACAAGCUUUAUCUGGGAAUAGGAGCUGACUUGGGGUAGGUUGAAAUCCUUAAAAUCUGGUUGUGAGAGAAAAUAAUUCUGAGCUCCAGUUUAGUGAGCAAGCGCUUCCUUCUCAGCUCCAGCUCAUUAUCCUCCUCCUUGACAAGUUUAACUGCAAGAGACGUGCUGACAGCAGGAACUAGAGGCUGUUUCCCACCUCCUGAUUAACAAGUGAGUUCAAACAGUGAGCGAGCCUUCGGAGCACGUGUGCCAGGUCCUAACAAGCAGCUAUUUUUUUCUCUCCACUUCAAGAGUUUUGCAACCAAGUCCAGCAACGGCAUUUCAAUUUCUGCUUCCCUCCCAAGAUUCAGUAGUUUUUUUAAAUUUUUUCUUUUUAAUUUUUUCUUUUUGGCCGCGUUGGGUCUUUGUUGCCGCAUGCGGGCUUUCUCUAGUUGCGGUGAGUGGGGGCUAGUCUGCGUUGCGGUGCGCGGGCUUCUCAUUGUAGUGGCUUCUCUUGUUGCGGUGCAUGGGCUCUAGGGUGCGCAGGCUUCAGUAGUUGUGGCAUGCAGGCUCAGCAGUUGUAGCUCACGGGCUCUAGAGCACAGGCUCAGUAGUUGUGGUGCACAGGCUUAGCUGCUCCGAGACAUGUGGGAUCCUCCCGGACCAGGUAUCGAACCCGUGUCCCCUGCAUUGGCAGGCAGAUUCUUAACCACUGCGCCACCAGGGAAGUCCCUGAUUCAUUAGUUUUUAAAUGCGUUCAUUUUCUACCUUUGUGCACCCCUCUCUGCAAAUGCAGUGCUCACGCCUGACCCAAAAGGCACACAAAUGCUGACCAUUAAACAAGAGAUGAUGUUGGAAGAGUUCAGGAUUUGGUUUUCAUCAGCACAAAUUUGAAAUCAGGUAGUAACAACAGCUACAGCAAAAGGUAUAGGGGUUACAGUAAAGGGAGAGGGAGAGAAGGGAGAGAGAAAAAGAAAAGGGAAAAGGGGGCAGUAAAGGCAACAGUUUAUGGAUCCUGGAUUCCCUGAUCUCUCAUUUCUAAUGAACCGAUACUAAUACAUGGCAGAGCAGCCCCAUAUUAUAGAUAUGGAAAUUAAGGCUCAAGUAGAAGCCACCUGCCAAAGACCACAGAGUAACCUUCCCAUUAAAAGAACAUGCCUUAGAGCAGUAUACUGCCCCUUCCAGACUAUCUGGGCGACUUCAGAAGACAAGCAGAUAUUCAAUCUAUCACAAAGCCAAUCAACCACCUGUGGGCAGAAAAACAACAUUGGCUAACUUGGAUGCUUAUCAUCUGUACUUCAAGAAAGAGAAAUUAGCUAAAAACCUGUUUUGACCUGCUGAAAGCUAAUUUUGCUCAGCAGGAGGAGAGGAAAUUAAAAAAAAAAAAAGAUGGAAAAAGGAAAGGCAGAAGUAGGUUGGAGAUCUGUUCAUUUUUAAAUGGAAAGUGGGAGAGAAUUUCUAAUAAUAUCACCAUAGUUAUGGUGACCCAAGCUGCACCAAAGUAAGGCACUGCCAUUUGUGCCUGGUUCGUCACGGUCAGCAUGAUUCACCCGUGAAGUCAAGGUCACUCACCAGUCCUUCCUAGCUUAGCUUGAGACAGGCCCUGAAGGAAAUGCCUAGGAAGUCAUUCGCUCUUGCCAGGUAAGGAAAAACGUUAAGCUAAGUGGAGCGGGAACAUCCUGUGUAACCUACUGAGAAGGACCCUCCCCACCACAUACACUAACUGGGAGAAGUGCUCCUCCCUGACUCCAACCAACUGCUCCAGGUGGAGACUGACAAUCGGAACCCUGUCCCCUGACGCAGGCUGGGCCACUCCCAGUUCCCCCAUCCCCUGGCAUGGUGAUCUGGAGGGUCUGGGUAUGUGACCAGUAUUAGUCCAAUUAGAGCCCUUCCUUGGAAUUUUCUAUCAGAAGCUGGGAAAAGCUCUUGCCUCCCUGAUAAUGAGACUAAAGCCAGAGGCAGUGGUUCCCGUGUGGUAGAGACGGCUGGCCUGAGAGAAUAAAGCCAACAUCAGAAGAGAAACAAAUGAGAGAGAAUUAGCAGGUUCCAGGACAUGCUCCCCCCACCCCCGCCCACCCCCGGAAUACCGAAAUCUGCAGAUGCUCAAGUUCCUUAUAUAAAAUGACGUAGUAUUUGCACAUAACCUAUGCACGUCCUCUUGAAUGCUUUAAAUCAUCUCUAGAUUACUUACAAUAUCCAAUACAAUGUAAAUAGUUAUAAAUACAAUGUAAAUGCUAUGUAAAUGAAGUUUUGCCUUUUGGAACUUUCUGGAAUUAUUUUUUCCCAAAUAUUUUCGAUCUGCAGGUUGGUUGAAUCCAAGGAUGCAGGUAUAGAGAACUGACUGCACACCAUAAUUGAAGUAUAACAGCUAAUGGCAUUUGAGUGCUUGGACACAAUUUUCCCUAAGGCCAGGCUGCAUUCUUAUUCUU